AUGGGGCCCCGCUGGAGGCGGUUCUUUGCGGUUUGCUGCUGCUGCUGCUGCAGCAGCAGCAGCAGCAGCAGCGCCGCUGCUGCUGCUGCGCGCGCAAGCGAAAGCAGCGAACUCCUCCACCAGCUCUUCAGCAACUUGCAUGCAGCAACAGACCCUCUGGAGUUCUCUGUGGGCUUCUACAGAGUGCCCCACCAUCUAGCCACUUGGGGGCGUUCAAUAGCAGAACAAAUCCGACAAAGGUUUGUUGAAAAAGAUAAAGCACAUUUAAAAGUGUUUAAAGUGGCGGGGGGCCCCAACUCCAGCUUCGUGGAAGAGAAGCUGCUGCUGAAGUGGCUUGCUGCAGCAGAAGAGGAAGGGGCCCUGGAGGUGACAGCAGCAACGCCAGCUUCUGCUGCUGCUGCAGUGCAGCAGCUGCUGCGGCUAGGGUUUAGCCCUGAGGGUUUAGGGGCCACCGCAGACGUGGCAGCAGACCAGCAGCAGCAGCAGCAGCAGCAGCAGCAGCAGCAGCAGGGGCCCCUGUCCCCCGGGGGGGCCCUCGAGGCCGAUGGGGUGCCCCACACAGAAGAGGGGGCCCCCCUGGGUACCGUGGGGGCCCCCUCUGGGGGCCCCACAGUGCCUAGGGGGGCCCCCCAAUAUGACCAAAUGGGGCCCCCAGAGGCUGGGGGGCCCCCUUCAAAUGGUGAGAGGCCCCUCUCAGAGGAGUGGGGCCUCUCAGGUGUCUCGGGGGGCCCCCACAGUGGCCUGUGGGGCCCCACACAUGGCUUUGGGGGCCCCCCCAGUGGCUUGUGGGGCCCCCCAGACAAUUUUGGGGGGCCCCCCAGUGGCUUGUGGGGCCCCACAGACAGUUUUGGGGCCCCCCACAGUGGCCUGUGGGGCCCCACAGGUGAUUUUGGGGGGCCCCACAGUGGCCUGUGGGGCCCCACAGAUGACUUUGGGGGCCCCCAAGAUGACCCGGGGGGCCCCCCAGCUCAGGGGGCCCCCACAGUUAAUUGGCGGUUGACUCUGCCUUACGACAAUGGCCCCAGUAGCUUUACUUUAGAGCGUUUGGCAGAAAUACGAGACGUGUUGCUGCCCCAAGCUGUUUCUCUUGCUGCUGCUGCAGGCAAACAGCGGAGGGCCCCCCCUGUAGAAGUGAUUUCCAUCGAGGGCCCGGGGGCCCCCCAAGACCCUUCCGCCGAUAGAUUUUUGAAUUCAAUUGCUGCUGCGCUGCAGCAGCAGCAGCAGCUGCAGGAGCUGCAGCGCGAGCAGCAGCAGCAGCAGAGGCAGCAGCAGCAGCAGCAACAACAGCACCAGCACCAGCACCAGCAACACCAGCAGCAGCAUCAGUAUCCGCAGCGGCAGCAGCAGCAGCAGCAGCAGCAGCAGCAGAUUACGGAAAGGCUUGAAGAGGAAAUGAAAAGAAAGGAAGAAGAAAUGAUGCAAAGAGAAGCAGCAGAAACAAUUAAAGACAUUCGGGCUUUUGCUGCUGCUCUCAAACAUGGAAUUCCCCACGGGCACACCUUGCUGGGCAAGUCCAAACAUUAA